UUUCUGUGAAUGGCAAACAUAUGCUUUAAGCGUGCUGACGAUUUAAUACAUUUACUGCGAAGUAAACAAAGUUGAUAAGAUGGAAUUUCGUGUAUUAGAACUAUUUAGUGGCAUCGGAGGCAUGCAUUAUGCCUUUAAAUAUGCCCAGCUACCAGGAGAAGUUGUUGCCGCAUUGGAUGUGAACACUGUCGCCAAUGCAGUAUACGCUCAUAAUUAUAAAGGAACUAAUGUUAAGACGAGGAAUAUUCAAAGCUUAACAGAGAAGGAAGUGGCGAAAUUAAAAGCUAACAUGCUACUCAUGUCACCGCCUUGCCAACCGCAUACUCGUCAAGGUCUGCAGCGGGACGUGGAGGACAAGCGGUCAUGUGCUUUAUCUCACCUGUGCUCAUUAAUACCGCAAUGCGAAAGUCUUCAAUAUGUGCUCAUGGAAAAUGUGAAGGGUUUCGAAGGGUCCCAGGCUCGUAAUCAGUUUAUUGAAGCAUUGGAAAAGGCGGGUUUCUACUGGCGUGAGUUUAUUCUAACUCCAACACAAUUCAAUGUUCCAAACACACGACAUCGUUACUAUUGUAUUGCGCGGCGAGAAAAGGACUUUCACUUUGAAGCUGGCAAAAUCUGGGAGCAAAUGCCAGGGAAAAGUAUUGACUCAACGCAUCUGCCAAUGGCCAAAAUAUCCGCAAUUACUGAGCCUGACGCUCCUCUCGAAACUCUUGUGCCAGACGACGUUCUAACAAAGCGAGUUCUGGUCAUGGAUAUUGUCCACCCAGAUCAAAGCCGGUCAAUGUGUUUCACAAAGGGGUAUACGCACUACACAGAAGGCACUGGGUCAGUGUAUACUCCACUUUCUAAAGAGGAAUCGCAUAACAUAUUCGAAGCAGUUAAAGAAAUUGACAUCGAUUCUAAUAACACGACUUGUGAAGCCCAAGAACGACGACUUGAACUAUUACGUCAAGUAAAAUUGCGAUAUUUUACACCCCGAGAAGUCGCCAGACUGAUGAGUUUUCCCGAAGACUUUGAAUUUCCCACCGAAACUACUAAUCGACAAAAAUAUCGACUGCUUGGAAAUAGCAUUAAUGUUCGUGUGGUGGGUGAACUGCUUAAAUGUUUGACGAUUACAUAAUUUUAUUUAAUUUUUUGUAAAUAAAUGUUUAAACAUAUA